AUGUGCUAUCAUCUUCAUUCCAGAAUGUCAGUGUUCCUCUAUCUAUUUCUCUUGGUAUUUGGGCUUCACGAUACAAUCCAUUGUGUACAAUAUAACAGCUCUGAAGGCAAAGUAACAUCCUGCUCUUUGCGCCAACAAAAUGCCACUCUCUGUAAGAUGUCGUCUAUCAAUGCUGACUUUGCAUUCAGUCUAUAUAAUAGGUUCUCUGUGGAGAACCCAGGUUGGAAUGUCUUCUUCUCCCCUGUGAGCAUAUCUGCUGCUUUAUCGAUGCUUUCUUUUGGACCUGGCUCUAUCACCCAAACUCAGAUUCUGGAGGUCUUGGGGUUUAACCUCACAGAUACUCCAACGACAGAAUUACAUCAGGGCUUCCAGCAUUUGAUCUGUUUAUUGAACUUCCCAAAGAAUGAACUAGAAUUGCAGAUGGGAAAUGCAGUUUUCAUUGGGCAGCAUCUGAAACCACGGGCAAAGUUUUUGGAUAAUGUCAAGAGCCUCUAUGAAGCUGAAGUCUUUCCUACGGACUUCUCCAAUGUUUCUGCAGCCCAGCAGGAGAUCAACAGUUAUGUGGAGAAGCAAACCAAAGGGAAAAUUAUAGGCUUAAUUAAAGACCUUAGACUGAACAUUAUGAUGAUUCUGGUGAACUAUAUUCAUUUCAAAGGCAAGGUGUGGGGAAAGCCUGUAUUUAGCAAGUCAACUGAAUUUGUAUCUAAGAAUAAUGUGGUCCCUACUUCCUGUGCACAUUUAGAUAUAUUGCACAAAUACUUUUAUUAUGUGUUAAGUACUUACCAUGUACUAAAGUUAUGCUAUAGUGAGAAUGCCCUGGCACAUUUUGUCCUUCCAAAGGAGGGACACCUGGAGUGGGUGAAGGAAGCCAUGUCAUCUAAGACACUGAAGAAAUGGAACUACUUACUACAGAAAGGAUGGGUUGAGUUGUUUUCUGCCACAUACGACCUUGGAAGCACACUUCAGAAGAUGGGCAUGAGGGAUGCCUUUGUUGAAAGUGCUGACUUUUCUGGAAUGACAGAAGAAAAUGGUCCACAACUAUCUUAUGCUUUUCACAAGGCUGUGCUGCACAUUGGAGAAGAGGGAACCAAAGAAGGAGCUGCUCCUGAAGCUGUGUCUCUGCAUCAGCCAAAAGUAGCUCCUCUUCACCCUAUUAUCUGAUUUGAUAGACCAUUCUUACUGAUGAUUUUGGAGAAAAGGACCAGAAGCAUUCUCUUUUUAGGGGAAGUUGUUAACCCAGCGAAAGAGUAAUUGGGGAAGAGGCCAUUGAGUAUGUGCGUAUUAUAAUGGGAAAUAAACAUUUAACAUAGCUUGAUGUACUUUCUGUGGGCUUGGACUUUAUAUCUUUUGUGCAAGGGAUAAUAGAGGACCUUCUCAGGACUACAUUGACUGUGGAAGAGGCUAAUGCUUUGACCACACAUGCAGAUAGUCAAUGAGUUAUUGUUACCUAAGACUAGAGGAAUGAUCAAUGUUAGUAAGUCACUAUAAAGCUACUCAUCAAUUAGCUAAGUCUAGAAAAUUUGACUGGGAUUACAAAUGCCUUUGGACAAUAGCUGCAGUAUAAGUCAAGUCUUCUCAUUAUAGUAUUUCAAUAGUAUGAUCAAUGAACAUGCAAAUGGUGUGGCUUGUAUAUAAGCUUCACAUUAACAUCUGCUCUUUUUACACAUUCAAAAUGAGUCUGAUUAUAGCUACUGCUAGCUUUAAUAAAGCUUCUUUCACUAUACUAUCAAGCCAUAGAUUGGGUGCUUUCAUCUAGAAAUGUAACUUUUGUUACCAAAUGUGCAUUCAACAACAGAAUAGAGAGAAAUUAGUUUCCUCACACAAGUCACAUCCUCACUAGCAGAUAUCAUUUGUUCUAAUUCAUAAGGUAUCGAUGGAGAGAUAACUCAUUUGCAUUGUAUAUCUGUCCCACUUGGUCUCAUGGAAAUUUCCUGGUUAACCUGUCUUUUGUCUGUAUUCCUCAAUAAAAUAGGAUAUUUGUGUCCCCAGAACCCACUGCCUAUGUCUGCUAU